AUGUCAUCUCAAUUCCCACGCAAGCAGCUCCUCAACCAUGUCGUCGAUAGACGUGCAAGAGAGGAACCUACUGCCAUCUACGCUGAGUAUCCCAUUUCGAGCACAGGAUAUGAACAAGGAUUCCUCAAGAUUACCUACGCAGAUCUAGCCAAUGCCAUCAAUGGUCUUGCCUGGUGGCUGCACAAUACGAUUGGGCCUGGCAAGAAUUUCGAGACCCUUGCAUACAUAGGGCCACUUGACAUUAGGUACAACGCAUUAUUGCUAGGUGCAGUGAAAGCAGGCUACAAGGUCUGCCACUUCUGCAUGCCAGCUCACAUCAAUCUAUUCAAUCUACUAAAAUGUAGUAAGUUGAUUACACCAGAUCCAAGGCCACAGGCGGUUUCAGCGAUAGUAGCCUCCCACAAAAUUGAGGCCUUCGAGAUACCAACAGUGGCGGAGCUUCUGGAAACUGUUCAUCCUCAUUAUACAUACGAAAAAUCGUUCGAGCAGGCUCGUGCAGAUCCUCUUGUCGUCUUGCACACAUCUGGAACAACAGGUCUGCCGAAACCGAUCAUCUGGAAUCACGAUUUCGCAGACAGCUGGAUGCACUGGGUCAGCCUCGAUGGGUCUAGUGGCCACACCAAUCAACACACAUUGUGGUCCCCUGGAAGGCUUUUCUUUCUCUUUCCUCCGUUCCAUCUGACUCUAGUCAAGGCCGCAUCUAUGUUUGGCUCAAUCUUGGGAGCGAUCUUUCGACAAACAACAAUCAUCUUCCCACCAGCAGGUCUGAUCCCCUCUGCGCAAGUUCUCGUGGAUGGGUUGAAAUAUACCACUGCGAGCUGCGCAGCCAUUGUCCCUUUGGUCGCUGAAGAGCUAUCCAAUAAACCCGCGCUAUUGGAUUUUGUUUCCCAGAAUCUCGCCUCUAUGUUCUAUUCUGGAGGAACAAUCAGUCAGACAAUUGGCGACAAGAUCUCAGAAAAGAUGAAAUUCUUUUCCAUAAUCGGUACCACAGAGACUGGUCUGUUCCCCACAAUAUAUCCUACCGACCACUGGCCGACUGCCGAAUGGAGAUACUUCCAAUUCAACCCCGAAUACCGAUUCGAGUUCCAGAGAGCUUCAGAAGGUGAAUAUGAAGCAGUAAUUCUGCGUCACCCUGAUCCAGACAAGGAGCAACCUGUCUUCAAAGUGUUCCCAACAACGACAGAGUACCGAACAGGAGAUCUGUAUGUCCCACAUCCUUCGAAGCCUGAUUUAUGGCAUUAUCGUGGUAGGGGAGACGAUAUCAUCGUCUUCCUCACUGGAGAGAAGACAAACCCAACUACUAUGGAGCAAAGCAUCUCAGCCCAUCCGAAGAUCAAAUCUGUUCUCGUCCUUGGUUCAAGGAGGUUCCAAGCCGCGCUGUUGGUUGAACUAGAGGAAGCAGAGACCAUAGCAACCCCACAACGAGCGCAAAUCAUCGAAGAAAUCUGGCCUACGAUCCAAAAUGCAAACGCAGAUUGCCCUCGUCAUGCUCAGGUCAAGAAAUCACACAUCAUGUUCAUCAACCCGGCGAAACCCAUGCUGAGAUCGGCCAAAGGAACCAUUCAACGACGGCCCACAUUGCAAUUGUACGAGAAAGAGAUUGAUCAACUCUAUGCCGAUGCUGAGAAAGUCUCUGCAGUCGAUGUCGAAGACCUCGAUAUAUCAGGACUGUCGAUCGAUUGCAAGGACACUGAGGCAGUUGCCCCAUUCCUCUCAGAGACACUAGGCAAAUUCAUUGAGUCGAAAGACUUUUCAGAGGAAGAUAACUUCUUCCUCACUGGCAUGGACUCUCUACAGGCCCUCCAGAUGACCCGUCGCUUGAAGGCCGUUCUCACCAUACCAGACCUGGAGAUCAGUACAGUAUACGCGAAUCCAACUAUAAAAAUGUUGACCAAAGCCAUCGUCGACCUCGCGCACCACGGCCUCACGUCGGAUAAAUCAGCACAGCUGUCCAGAGUAUAUAUGGUCCAAGAAACAAUACAGCAUUAUACUUCCUUGGUUGACAACAUCGUGCAAUCCGCGACCACGCAAGAUCGCAACAAGAGAGAUUCAGGCGUCGAGCUCAAUGGUCGAGUUGUUCUUCUCACAGGCUCGACGGGCGGAAUUGGCUGUUAUUUGCUGCAGGUACUUUUGGCAGAUCCAACCGUAUUGCAUGUCUACUGCCUAAAUCGGUCGGCGGAUUCGGAAGCACUUCAGAAGAAACGAUCCCAGGACCGUGGUCUCCCCACUGAUUUCCCCACGGCUCGUGUGACAUUCUUAAAGUCUGAAGUCGGCAAGGUGAAUCUCGGACUCGACGAUGAGGUAUAUCCACGCCUUCAGCAGAGCGUUACGAACGUGAUCCACAACGCUUGGCCCGUUAACUUCAACUUGACACUCCCGACCUUCGCACCGCAUCUACAGGGCGUGGUCAAUCUACUCAAGCUGGCCUCCUCGACUAUCCAUGCUGCGCAUAUCAUGUUCAUUUCCUCCAUCAGCUCUGUCCUGGCGUCCCCUGAGAAUCCCAUUCCGGAGACUAUCAUCAACGAUAGCUCUGCUCCACUCUCAAUGGGCUAUGGUCAGAGCAAGUACGUGGCCGAGAGAAUCCUCGACCAUGCCGCGGCUGAUGGCAAGAUCCCAAACACCGACGUGACAGUCGUGCGUGUAGGACAAGUCGCAGGUCCAGCCGAGAUGCCUGGAACAUGGAACAGGUGGGAAUGGUUUCCCAGCCUGGUGACUAGCUCGUUCCAUCUCGGCAUGAUUCCCACCUCCCUGGGCAAGGGACGGAACAAUCAAAUCGACUGGGUGCCGAUCGAUAUCCUCGCUCGCACAUUGACUGAUUUUGCGCUCAGCGAUGUCUCAAGGACAGGGACAGGAAAGGAUACCGCAGCAAGAGUCUUCCAUCCACAGAAUCCACAACCAACGACAUGGGAUCAACUGAGACCUGUGGUCAUUGAGGCUUUACUAGCGAAAACACCAGGGAAGAAGAUCAAGGAGGUGUCGUUGAGCACGUGGAUAGAACGUGUCCGGGCCGAUGCAGGUGCACUCAACACGACUGCGAAACUCGAGGCCAUGUUGCAUGUUAAUCCUGCUGUCAAGUUGCUUGAUUUCUAUCAGGGUCUUCUUGUCGGGGAUGAGGUUUCUGCCAUGAAUGGCAACAGAGCAUUGCAGGAGAGUCAGCAUUUGAAGGGCCUGGAUGGAAUUCGUGCGGAUUGGAUGCGGAAGUGGGUUGAUGGUUGGAUUUAG